AGUGGCUCCUCUCGUCGGACACACACGAUCUUUGGCUGAGUCCCGAGCACAAGGUGGGGCAGAGAGUCUCCUGGGCAACUUGUAAAAGUUGAGUGUGUGUCGGUGUAUGGCGGAUUUCACAGACAACGACGGUGAAACGCGUUAGCAGGCCAGAGUCAUGGCCUCCGGCAAGAACAAGAACCAGACCUCUUUGGCUCUCCAUAAGGUGAUCAUGGUGGGCAGCGGUGGCGUGGGGAAGUCCGCCCUAACCCUGCAGUUCAUGUACGACGAGUUCGUGGAGGACUACGAGCCCACCAAGGCCGACAGCUACAGGAAGAAGGUAGUCCUGGAUGGCGAGGACGUUCAGAUCGACAUCCUGGACACGGCGGGCCAGGAGGACUACGCCGCCAUCAGAGACAACUACUUCCGCAGCGGCGAGGGCUUCCUGCUGGUCUUCUCCAUCACAGAACACGAGUCCUUCACAGCCACAUCGGAGUUCAGGGAGCAGAUCCUGCGGGUGAAGGAGGAGGAGGCGAUCCCUCUUCUCCUGGUGGGAAAUAAGUCGGACCUGGAGGAGCGGCGGCAGGUCUCUGCGGACGAGGCCACGGCGAAGGCGAGCGAGUGGGGGGUCCAGUACGUGGAGACGUCGGCCAAGACGAGGGCCAACGUUGACAAGGUGUUCUUUGACCUCAUGCGGGAGGUCCGCAAGAAGAAAAUGGCAGAGAGCAAAGACAAAAACGGACCGAGCGGCAAGAAGAAGAAGAAGCCCUGCUGCAUACUUUAAUGGCGAGGCCGCAUCCCGAGGUGACAACGUGCCAAAAAACCAAAAGAGGAGUCAGAUCGGAGCGACGCCAACAAACCAUAAAACUGUCCGACUGCUGCAGAGAUCCUCUACAAACAGUCGGGGAGGGAAACUCCGAGUCCUCACCUGCACAUUUAUUUGGCCAUUUAUUUUUUUACACUCAAAAGUAUUUUCCUCCAAAUUAAAAGAACGGAUGUGUUCAGGUUUCUUUUCCCGCGUUGCUGUGAAUGUUUCGACAAUCUUGGGUUUUACCUGCAAUCCCAGAAGCAGAUUUUCUUUGUAAGGUGGAACCAGAAGUUCCAGGUUGACAUUGUUGUGCCUUAAACUGUCGUCUCUCCUUGUGGUCUGAAAUCAGAAACCUAAACGUGUAAGAAUUGUUUUUCUCUUUAUUUAGCUUUAUUUCUCUCAAAGGUCUGUUAACAUUCCUGAUGUUAAUGAGUACACUUCCACACACUCCUUUUUCUAUGAAGGCUUUAUUCUCCACUUCCCUUACUAACACAAAGUGUAAUUUAUAAUCAAGCUGUAAAGGGAAUCUACUAUUUAAAUCACUUGGAUUAUUAACUGUGUAUUUAUGACAUCUUUUAAAGCUAAAGUGUAUUUGUGUUGUUGCCCUGCAGACAAUCUCAUAUCCAUUUCAUAAUAAAAGACACACUGAGUCUCCUGGGUGAGUCUCCUGUGCUUUUAGAAAUAUUAAAGUGGCUUUGAAGGUUAUAUUGAAAAUAAAAAGUUAUUAUUCUCA